CAUGAUACAGCGCGGCGCGGAGCGUGAUCUCCGCGUCACUGCAGACAGAUAUGGCGGUGUCUAGCUGUGUGUGACAGCUUAGCAUCAGGUUAGCUUGUGAACACAGCUCCGGACACACUCCGCUGCCCGCCGCCGCUUCAGGAUGGGCUCCCGAAUCAGGGAGAGCCCUGUGUCCCCCUUUGAGCUGUAUGUGGAGGUGGCCCACCCAGGCCCACUCAGCGCCGGGCCAGAGGUGCGGAGGCAGUAUCCUGAGGACUACUCAGAGCGGGAGACACUUCAGACUGUGCCCAAGUUCUGUUUCCCGUUCAGCAUGGACAGUCUGACAGUCAACCAGGUGGGUCAGAACUUUACCUUUGUUUUGACUGACAUCGAGAGCAAACAGAGAUUUGGCUUCUGUCGCCUCUCCUCCGGCGCUCACACCUGCUACUGCAUCCUCAGCUACCUGCCCUGGUUUGAAGUCUUCUACAAGCUGCUGAAUGUCCUCGCAGACUACACCAUCAAAGGCCAGGAAAGCCAGUGGCAGGAGUUCCUGGCGACCCUGCAUUCGCUGCCCGUCCCCGAGCCCGGCGUCCCUGUUCAUCUGGGCGUGCACUCCUUCUUCACUGUGCCUGACAUCAGGGAACUGCCCAGCAUACCUGAGAAUAGAAACCUAACCGAGUACUUUGUAGCAGUAGAUGUCAAUAACAUGCUUCAUCUGUACGCUAGUAUGCUUUAUGAACGUCGAAUCCUCAUCUGCUGUAGCAAACUAAGCACUUUAACAGCGUGUGUCCAUGGCUCCACAGCCAUGCUGUAUCCCAUGCACUGGCAGCACGUGUACAUCCCUGUCCUGCCGCCGCAUCUGCUGGACUACUGCUGCGCCCCCAUGCCCUACCUGAUCGGAGUCCAUUCCAGCCUGAUGGAGAAGGUUCGAGGCAUGGCUCUGGACGAUGUGGUGCUGCUGAACGUGGACACCAACACCCUGGAAAGCCCCUACGAUGACCUGCAGAGCCUGCCCAGCGACGUGGUGUCCUCUCUCAAGAGUCGUCUGAGGAAGGUUUCUACAACCACCGGGGACGGCGUGGCCCGAGCCUUCCUCCGCAGCCAGGCGGCGCUGUUUGGCAGCUACAGGAACGCUCUGCAGAUCGAGCCGGGAGAGCCAAUCACAUUCAACGAGGAAACCUUUGUGAACCACCGAUCCAACGCCAUGAGACCGUUCCUCCAGAACGCCAUCCAGCUGCAGCUCUUCAAACAGGUCACACACACACACACGCACGCACGCGCGCACACACACACACACACACACACACACCUGACGCGUCAUGCUCUGAUCUACAGCAGGACAGACAGAGACGUGCUUACAAACUUGUACACGGUCUUCAUGGCUGGGUUCGCCUUGGUCUUCACCGUGUUGAAGAUAGCCCCGCCUCCUUUCUGUCAGAGAACAUGGACACAUUAUCAGAAGGAGACGGAGGACAUGAAUCUUAUAAGAUUACUAAUCCUUAACCGUCCUUUUCUUCAUUUCCCUCUUCCUUGCUGCUCCUUUGUAAAAGACUGGAUUAAUUUAUGUAAUGAGCUGAGCCUUUCCUGUUGUCUUCCUUCUCUUCACCGUAGCUCUAUGCGUCCUACUCGCCACUACACUGUUUUUCUGUCUGAGGAUUCGUCCGGAGACGAGCUCCAGUAUGCCGAGGACUCCAUCUCUGGCUUUCCUGACAGCUUUCUCUUCUCCGUCCCGUUUGAGUGGUCGCCUCUGCCACAGCCCUACCGCUCCCUGAAGGAGGUCCAGUUGAUAGAAGGGGACGAUCAUGGUUUUGGGGCAGAAAGUCACACUGCCCCUCCCAGUCCACUAAAUGACAAGUUCUCCAAUGUCCACCUGCUGGGCGACAUCUUCGGUUGCCAGGACGAGCCUGACAGCCAACCAGUCACCUCAGCUAAAAGCCUGGAGGACCUGAGGACUCCCAAAGACUCCGAGGAGCUCCAAACCAAGUUCACCUACCAGCGGAUGGACCUGAGUGUCGGUGAACACUCACGAACUCUUCCAGGCCUCAAGCUGUCCAACCCUUACAACAAGCUGUGGAGUUUAGGCCAGGACCAGAGCUCCUGGUCCAUCUGUGUCCCUCCUGCCUGCGACAGACCCCCGCCUGUCCAGCCAUCCCACUCUCCGAGCCGGGAAAGCUCUGGAUCGGCCCCCGAACCUUUGGACUCUUUGGACCCUUCCGCGCCCGGUAACAUCACCAUUCCGCGUCCCCACGGAAGAAAGACGCCCGAGCUUGGUACUGCGCUAGCGCCCCCCGCGGCCCAGUCACGCUCUAAAGCAGCCGGCACGGCUGACGGAAGGACUUCAUCAGGGGGACAGGAGUUUAGGCAAGCCCUGAGCAUGAACACAGAUGGAGAGGUGUUGAAGCCCAGCAGGGUGGCUGAGGACAGUCUAGAUCUGAUCAGCCUCCUGGACCCCCUCAACAGCUCAGCGGCCAGCUGUUCCACUUCAUUGAGUGACGGGCUAGAUAUUAGUCUGUCGUCAUCUUCCUGCAGACCAACACUAGCCCCCAGGUCUUACCCUCAGGGCCUGCCUCCCUUCCCACUGCACCAACCCCACAUAUCACUCAACCCUUUUGCCCCCCAGUCUCUGCAGCACCCGUCCCCUCAGAUGCGUUACUCCCCGACUGUAAGUGGCAAUCCUUUCAGUGUGGUCUACGGGCCUGCACCAGGCUCUUACCACACACAGUCUUACUCUACAACACCAGGGCUCUACAGACAGCAUUCACCAGGAACUUCCACUCUACCACCCAACUUUGGACUGCUGCAGCCAGCCUUCCCCCCCCCAGCCCCCUCCGUACCUCACUUCUCUGCCAGCAAUCACGCUCUGUCCAGUCUAGCGGACUCCUCGUCUGUCCCCAGUCACGCUGUGAACGUUCUGGGAAAGCCACUAUAUGCCGAGGGGGACAGCCAGAAGACUCAUGAUCCUUUUGGGGAUCUGCUGACUAUGGCCAAGCCAGCUACACCCCAAAAAAAGAAGGUGGAGGACCUUCGGAGGAGGUGGGAAACUUUUGACUAAAACCUGUGACUAUAUCCUGAGGUGCUCCUCUCUAUCCCAAGCCUAUCCCCCUCCACUACUGAAUCAGGACCUUCUACUGCAUUUAAUACUGCAUUAGCUGUCAGACAUGCUGCUCCGCUUAUGCAACUCACAAUGGUAGAAGAAUAAAAUAAGUAAGUGAAGAUGAACUAAUCAGCCUUGCAUUAUUUCCCCUGCACGCUAGCAUUAAAGCUACUUUGUUGACUGACGUCUUGAUUUCAACACCGUGACGUACUGAAGUGUGUUUGGCUGCGCUGUUAGUUGCUGACCCCAGUGGUUGAUACAGGUGUCCUUUCACUUGCCAGUUCCACCAAUAAUAAAAAGCUUUUAUUACAAAAACAGUUUGUCAGUGGUACGUAAUCAUUGGACAUUACGGUUUUUAUUGAUUUCUGAAUUCUGUUUCAUAGUGAUGUGGUUUUCUUCUACUCUUGUGUGUGUGCAUAUGCAUCAGAGAUGAUAUAAUUUACUGUGACAUGGUGGGUCUUGUCCCCCCCAUCCACCCGUCUUUCAUCUGCUGACCAGUGACAAAGAGGAGUUUGAACUGUUGUCCGCCCAAAACCGGCACCUGUCUAAGGACACCUGACUUUGGAUAUUUGGUGUUUGAUUUCCAGCUCCGACCUGUUCAGAUGCCACGCAUUAGCACAUUGCUUAGAAAGUUCUUUCCACAGUAACCUGUUGUCGUCGGGCUUUAUGGCAGCACAUUAGCGUAGUGCUCAGUAUAGAUUAGUGACUUUAAAUAUAGCAUGCAGUGUUUCCUGAGAGAGGAUAGAAGUCACACUCCCAACAUCUUAUGUCUUAUUGAUGUCCCCUGCUACAGGUAGCUAGCCUGCUGGUUCAGUACCAUCCCGUUGGCAUCAUGCUACUGUAGCUACAGUGUGGAGAGUCGGAUCGAGCAGUUCCUUCCCCUGUACGUGUGUCUUGAAGAUGCCCAGUAUUUUAGUUGAGUUAGUUUGGCGUCCCUUGGCUUCUCUCUCUGACUGUGAACAUGUGCUGCCUCAUUCUGUUUUCCAAAGAAGCUUUGGAAGACAAGCUGCAAGCCUCCAGAAGCCUGUAUGUCCCUAAAUGAUCUGAAGCAUUUCUGUUUCAUUAAAUAAAUAAGUAUUUAUAUAUGUAUUUA